AUGCUAAACAUGUUGCCGUUUUUCUUUUUCCUUCUUACGUUACUCGUCGGAAACAACCGCAUUUGCGUCGCCGAUAAGACAGGCUUCGUCAGAACAAACGGCACGCAGUUCGUAUUGAACGGAGAACGAGUCUACUUAAACGGCUUCAACGCUUAUUGGAUGAUGACUACGGCGGCUGAUACGGCGUCGAGCGGAAGAGCUACUGUAACGACGGCGCUCCGGCAAGCCUCUGCCGUGGGAAUGAACGUCGCUAGGAUUUGGGGUUUCAACGAAGGAGAUUACAUUCCUCUUCAGAUCUCACCUGGCAAUUACAGCGAGGACGUUUUCAAGGGACUAGACUUUGUGGUCUUCGAAGCUGGAAGAUAUAAAAUUAAAUUGAUAAUUAGUUUAGUCAAUAAUUUCGAAGAUUAUGGAGGGAAAAGAAAGUACGUGGAAUGGGCCGGUUUAAGUGAACCGGAUGAGUUCUACACAAACUCAGGUGUCAAGCAAUUCUACAAGAACCACGUGAAGACCAUGCUGACUAGGAAAAACACAAUCACUGGUCGGAUUUACAAAGACGACCCAACCAUCUUUUCAUGGGAACUCAUCAACGAACCUCGCUGUAACGAUUCCACUGGCUCAACUAUUCUUCAGAAUUGGAUAAAGGAAAUGGCUACUUAUGUGAAGUCCAUAGACUCAAACCACUUGGUGGAAAUCGGGCUUGAAGGUUUCUACGGAGAAUCUAAACCGGAAAGAACGGUUUACAACCCGGGCGGUAUAACCUCGCUCGGUACAGAUUUCAUAUCCAAUAACCAAAUUCCUGAAAUCGAUUUCGCCACUAUCCACAUCUAUCCAGAUUCUUGGCUACCAUUACAGAGCAGCUCAAGAACAGAAGAACAAGAUGCAUUUGUUGACAAAUGGAUCGGAGCGCACAUCGAAGACUGUGACAGUAUCAUCAAGAAGCCUCUACUGAUAACAGAGUUUGGGAAAUCUUCAAAGUUCCCUGGUUUCAGCUUAGAGAAACGGAACAAGUUUUUCAAGAGAGUCUACGAUGUCAUCUACGACAGUGCAAGAACCGGUGGCUCGUGCACUGGUGGAGUUUUCUGGCAACUGACGACCAACAGAACUGGUCUGUUAGGUGAUGGUUACGAGGUUUUCAUGAAACAAGGUCCUAAUACUACUGCUCGGCUUAUCGCAGAGCAAUCCAGUAAACUAAGAGACCUCAAGUUUCCACCAUUAGUCACACACAGUGCAGAAUGA